AUGGCGUCUGUGUCGUCGCUCGACAAGGACCUGCGCAAAAUGCGCCUUGACAAAUAUACCCCGGCUGCUGCCAACGAGGCGCGGACGUGGGUGGAAGAGUCGCUGGGCGAAAGGCUGUCCUCGCCAGAUCUCCUCGAAGCUCUGAAGGAUGGCGUUGCUCUCUGCAAACUCAUUAAUCUGGCCAUACCUGCCCCCGGAAUCAAGUUCAAACAAUCAGCCAUGCCCUUUGUUCAAAUGGAGAAUAUUUCCCACUUCCUUCGAGCCUGCCAGUCUCCGCCGCUAAACCUUCACGAGCAUGACAUCUUCCUCACCGUCGACCUCUAUGAACAAAAAGACCCGGCACAAGUCCUACAGUGCCUCGGUGCAUUCAGUAGAGCUGCCAAUAGCACGAACCCGAAGCAUUUUCCCAAUGUCAUUGGCCCUCGCUCGUCGCAGCCGGGCGGCGCACCAUCGACGCCUAUAGCUGGCGGUCUCCGCGGUCGCGGAACCUCCGUCACGAGCAACACGUCAUCCGCCUAUAGUAACACGAACCGAUCCAGCAUGCUUCCAUCGCGAACAGGAGACUCGGUUCCCGGCCGUUGGAGUCCGACCAAGAGCCCCACGCGCGAUACUGGCUCUCCCGCCCCGGUUAGCAGUUGGAGCAAGAAGGAGCAAGAAAACGCAUCAACGCCAGCCUGGAACAUCUCACAAUACGGCUAUUUGGGUGGCGCCAGCCAAGGAAAUCUCGGCAUUCAGUUCGGCAGCCGCAGACAAAUCAUCAACAGCGGACCUCGAGUCCCCAGCCUAGCUGAGAAGGAGCGUAUACGCAAGGAGCAGGCCGCCGAAGAAGAACGUCUGCGCCAAGAAGAAGAUCAACAAGAGCGAGAACGCCUAGCAGCGGAAGAAGCCAAAGCAAAAAAGGAAGAGGAGGAACGUUGGGAAGCAGAAACACGACAGCUGCGUCAGAAAGCGGACGAUGAGAAGCGACGAUGGGAGGAAGAGGAGCGACAGUGGAAGUUGACUGAAGAGCGACGCAAGAAAGAGGAAGCUGAAGCUGAGGCCAAGUUGGAGGAAGAAAGACAACGGGCGAGGAGUCGUAGUCCAGUGAAGUUGCGCGGACAGUAUCUGAGCCAGUACCAGGCAGACCGUGGCAUCAGCGGGGAUGCGACCGACGAUAGCAGCCGUAUACGGGCCCUCGAAAAGGAACUCGAAAAAGCACGCCGGCGUGAGGCGGAAUACGAGCGGGAGAGACAGGGCCGCGGGUCCGGUAGAUCGUCUGUUGUCUCCAGUGUUGGCGCAUUCAAGUCGCCACCGACUGGGACGAGAUCUCCCAAAGCCAGAUCGCGGAGUCGACCACGCGCUGCGGCACCCGUCGUGAGCCCGCCCAUGCGACAGGACUCUUGGGCCCAAGGAGAGCGAGAGUACCUGCAUACGCAAUGGAACCAACAGCAGCAGGAGUCCGCCAUGCCCGAGCCAGUGCAGCGGACACCCAAACUUAGCCCGCAUAAUCAGCGGACGCCAGAACCACGGGCACUUGCAGUCCGCUCUCCGCCGCCACCGCAGUCAGCACGACCCUUACCCGACCCAACUGCCACCAUCGCGCCCAAGGUCAAGUCUCACAACACCGGCGGCAGCAGCCGGCCGCUCCCCGACCCCGCGACGUAUCAGUCGCCGCCGACACCGCAGAACCGCACCGGCCGCUUCCUUGCCAGCAACCCCGCGCCAGCCUCACCCGCGACUCCGCAGACGUAUUCGCGUGAGGUCGGCAGCAGCACCGAGGAGCGGGACGCUGAGGACCGCCGCCGGCAGCAGGGCCAGGCUAAUACCAAGGCCGGCGGAUGGGCUGGCAAGUCUCUCCUCGAGCGCGAGAUGGAGAUGGAACGCGAGCGUCAGCGUGAGUGGGAGGAGGCCCAGAAGGAGACGGCCGCCCGCACCGUGCCAGCCGGCGAUGCCGGCGUAGAUGGAAUAGGAGGCGGCAUAGGCGGCCGCUGGGACGUCGGCCAGUGGAGCGGCUAUACCGGUGGCGACUCGCAGAACAGGGGCUCCCAGGGCAUCGGCGCCGGACGCAGGCAGAUUGUUGGACCGCGACCGCUUCCCGGCGCCAACCGCUAA